GGAUUUGGGUGAAAUUACGCACCGGUUUGCAAACGAUGGAGAUAGUUAAAGUUGUUCUGAUACUCGUGUUGCUCCUGACAAAUGUGUUCUGUCAAGAUAUGGAUGAUGACAGCUGGAGAGAAGGCAGCGAGGAGAAUAAAUGGACAAACCCUGAAGUAAUCCAAGAUAUAUUAGUGAGAAUGAUCAGAAAACCAGGACCACGCCAAUACCUCGGACUCAUGGGGAAGAAAGACUCUGCAAAAGUGCAGACAGCUCGUAAACGGCACAAAUUUCAAACCUUUGUGGGUCUG